ACCUCAACUUCACAGAAACUUCAUUUGUAUUCAUACUAAUAUUUUCAAGUUCCGUGAUAUCUUUUUUUGGGGACCUAGGAUUUUUCAAAAAACAUCAUCAUGCAGGCAUGUGCUCGCUGUGGAUUUAUAGUCUAUCCAGCUGAGAAGAUCAACUGCAUUGACCAGAAUUGGCAUAAAGGCUGUUUUCAUUGCGACGUCUGCAAGAUGGUACUGACUGCCAACAACUUUGUCAGUCACAACAAGAGACCCUACUGCUCUGUACACAAUCCAAGAAACAACACAUUCACCAGUGUUUUUGAGACCCCAGUCAACAUCAAUGUCAAGAAGAAGGCGUGCGUUAAGGUAACCUACACAGAAGAAUGUGAGCAGCUGCAAGGAAAAGGAAGCUUCCCUGCCAUGAUUACUCCUGGAUAUAGUCUGGCCAAGAAGGCACAACAAAAUGCAAGUGAUGUGGGGUAUAGGAAGGACUUGGAGACCGCUAAAAGCCACAGCAUCAACUUCUGUGAAACACCACAAUUUCAAAAUGCUGCCAAAGUGGCAAAGUUCAUGAGUGACAAUAAAUAUAGAGCGAAAUACACCAAUAAUAUGAAAGGCCACUACGAGGACUCUGGGAUUGAUAAGAAGACCCUGCAUGCCAUGAAAGCCAGGAAGCUGGCCAGUGAUAUAAAAUACAAAGAGAACUAUGUGAAGGACAAGGAAAAGACUACACCAAUGAAUGUCAGUGAUUCAAAGACUCUACACUCUCUCCAGGCUGCUAAAAUAUGCAGUAAUAUAGAAUACAAGAAGGAUUCUAAGGAGCGACAAGCUCAGUACAAUCUGCCAAUGGACAUGAUCCCUCUUAGUCACGCCAAAAAGGCUCAGGCCCUGGCAAGUGACCUGGCAUAUCGGACCAAGCUCCACAACUACACAAUUAUGCCUGAUGACAUCAAGCUGCAGCAGGCAAAAAAAGUGUACUCCAUGCAGAGUGAGAACAAGUACCGAUCUGACCUGAACUGGAUGAAGGGAGUCAGCUGGGAGACUGAGGGUUGUCUGAACAUUGCUCAGGCUAAAAGGGCGGGUGAACUGCUAAGUGAUAAUAAAUACCGCCAAAAGGCAAACAGCAUCAAGUUCACUCAGGUGGCCGACAAUCUGUCCAUCAAACAUGCCAUCAAAAGCCAGGAACUGCAGAGUGAUUUGGCCUACAAAUCAAAUAUGGAGCAAGCAAUCCACCAGUACACCAUCACCAGUGAUGAUCCUCAGUUUCGACAAUCCAAGGCAAACAGUGAUUUGUUAAGCGUGAAAAUUUACAAGAGCAACUGGGACAAGCAAAAGGAGAAAGGCUGUCUGAUGAAUUUGGACUCACUUUCUAUAUUGACUGCAAAAGCCAAGAGAGACCUGGCCAGUGAUGUGAAGUAUAAGGAGCAGUAUGAGAGAAACAAAGGGAAGAUGAUUGGCACAAAGUCAAUGUGGGACGAUUCUCGGAUGGCUCACUCUGCUCUGGCCACCAAACUGCAGAGUGACUGCCACUACAAGAAGGAGUUUGAGGACAGCAAGACCAAAUUCAAGGUUUCUCUGGAUAUGUUGAAUAUCAGCCAUGCGAAGAAGGCACAAGAUCUGGCAACUCAGAGCAACUACAGGACUGUCCUGCAUGACUACACCACACUGCCCAACGAUAUUCAUGUCACCUGGGCGAAAAAGGUUUAUGGACUCCAGAGUGAUAAACAAUACAGGUCUGAUUUGAGCUGGAUGAAAGGUGUCAGCUGGGAGGCCUCCAAGUCACUGGAUUUGCAGCAAGCGAAGAAAGCUGGAGAGCUUAUCAGUCAGGUUAAGUAUAAGGAGCAGCAUGAAAGAAACAAAGGAAAGAAGAUCAGCACCAGGUCGGUGUGGGAUGAUUCUCAGAUGGCUCACUCUGCUCUGGCCACCAAGCUGCAGAGUGACCGCCACUACAAGAAAGGGUUUGAGGACAGCAAGACUAAAUUCAGGGUUUCUCUGGAUAUGUUGAAUAUCAGCCAUGCAAAGAAAGCACAAGAUCUGGCAGCUCAGAGCAACUACAGGACUAUGCUGCAUGACUACACCACGUUGUCCAAUGAUAUUCAUGUCUCCUGGGCAAAACAGGUUUAUGGACUCCAGAGUGAUAAAAAAUACCGUCAGGAUGUGAGUGCUCUGAAAUUUACAAGUGUGGAAGACAGCCCACAGAUGGUCCGGGCCAAACUCAGCAACAAAUUGGCAAUUGAUAGACUAUACCGGGCGAAGAGUGAAAGCAUAAGGCACAACUAUACACUGAAUGAGAAACUGCCAGAGGUUGUGAGAGCCAAACUGAAUGCCGCAUACAUCAGUGAGAAAAAGUAUCGCCAGAAGCCGUAUCAAUUCAGACACACCCCUGUCGCUGACUCUCCAGAUAUUGUCCAUGCAAAACUCAGUGGGCAGCUCAUCAAUGACCGUUUGUACAAAGAGAAGGGGGUCAGCGAUCAGCGUAACUACACCAUAAUAACAGGGAGACCAGAAAUCACACAGGCAAAGAUCAACGCCACUAACAUUAGUGAGGUAAAGUACAAGGAGUCAUGGCUCACACUGAGGGCAAAGGGAUACAAGGUUACACUGCAAGACAUUCCAUUCCAGGCUGCCAAGAGUUCCACAGGGAUUGCCAGUGAUUACAAUUAUAAAUAUAACCACCUUCAGGAAAAAGGGAAGUAUAUUGGACCCAAAAGUGUUCUGGAUGACCCAUAUAUGGUGCAUUGCCAGCAGGCAGGCCGUCUGGCCAGUGACCAGGAGUACCGUAAGGAUGCAUUGACAUCUAACAGGAAAUACCACCUUGGCAAUGACAUGGUAAAUCUGGUGACGGCGAAAAAUGCUCAGGCACUGGCCAGCAAACAGGACUGCAGGAACAGGCUGCACGAGUUCACGCUGUUGCCUGAUGACAUGAAGAUCAAGUGGGCCAAAAAGGCGUAUGCCUUGCAGAGUGAGAAGUUGUACAAAUCAGACCUCAGCUUCAUGAAGGGAGUGGCCUGGGAUGGUGCUGGUGCACCCCAGCUAGUGUCUGCUAAGAAGGCGGGGGAACUGAUCAGUGAGAAGAACUAUCGUCAACUACCAGAAAGUCUAAAGUUUACAUCUGUAACAGACUCUCCUGGUAUCAUCCAUGCCAAAAACAGCUACCUGCAGUGCAGUGAGAGACUGUAUAAGUCAAAUACCAAUGUAGACAUGAACAAGUACACCUUACACCCAGAUCACCCAGAGUUCAUUAGAGCCAAAAUAAAUGCCCAACAGAUCAGUGAUAAAGUCUACAAGGCCUCGGGGGAGCAAGUAAAGAUGUUGGGCUGCGACCUGAGAUUUGAUGCCAUCCCAUUCCAAACAGCCAAGGCUUCCAGAGAGAUUGCUAGUGACAAGAACUAUCGUCAACUACCAGAAAGUCUAAAGUUUACAUCUGUAACAGACUCUCCUGGUAUCAUCCAUGCCAAAAACAGCUACCUGCAGUGCAGUGAGAGACUGUAUAAGUCAAAUACCAAUGUAGACAUGAACAAGUACACCUUACACCCAGAUCACCCAGAGUUCAUUAGAGCCAAAAUAAAUGCCCAACAGAUCAGUGAUAAAGUCUACAAGGCCUCGGGGGAGCAAGUAAAGAUGUUGGGCUGCGACCUGAGAUUUGAUGCCAUCCCAUUCCAAACAGCCAAGGCUUCCAGAGAGAUUGCUAGUGACGUCCAAUACAAGGAAUCCUACCUAAAGGAGAGAGGGCAACAGGUUGGUCUGCGCUCUGUGGAGGAUGACCCAAAGAUGGUCCACUCACUGGCAGCCACCAAACUCCAGAGCAAUCUGGAGUACAAACGCAAGUCCAAAGAGGAACGCUCCCAGUACAACAUACACCCUGACCAGCCAGAGUUCAUACAAGCCAAAAAAAGUCAGGAUCAGGCCAGUGACCUCAGCUAUCGCCACAGGCUCCAUGACUACACCUGUGAUCCUGAGCAACUGAACGUCAAGCAUGCCAAGCAGGCCUACAAGCUGCAGAGUGAUUUGAAUUAUAAAUCUGACCUGAACUGGAUCCGAGGAGUGGGCUGGACGCCACCAGGCUCACACAAAGCCGAGCUCGCCCGCCGCGCUGCAGAGCUGGGGCUGGCUGAGGGAGUCAGCACUGACGAGGCUAUAGCAAACUACAAGCAGAAGCUGAUGAUGGAGCAGCAGCAAGUGGAGACCUGGGGGAAUAUUCAGCAGGAAGUCAACAUGGAUGCUCAGAAUGUCCUGCACAACAAUAUGGUCCAGAGAGUGCAAAAGAACACCACCGCAUCAUUUACAUCUAUGCGCACCUCCUCAUCGUCCGUCUCCCAAGUCAAGACACUGGUAUCUUGUGAAAGACUUACACAGGAAGAUGCCUAGAGCAUUUAUAUUGAGACAAGAGGUGACGCGUUGAAUCAGUCACGUUAAAUAAAAUUGCGUUCUACAAGGAAUUUAAGCAUGUUAAUUAAAUAACUUAGAUAAGUUAGAAUUUGAUGUUAAUUAACGAGUGUAUCAGAGGAAUAGCACAUGUCAUGUCAGGUGUUUGGGAGACAAAGUCAUAGAGGCUAGAUUGAGAUGGUUUGGACAUGUACAGAGGAGAGAUAGCCAGUACGAAGAUGCUGAGGUUGGAACUGCCAGGCAGAAGGUGGAGAGGAAGGCCAAAGAGGAGAUUUAUGGAUGUGGUGAAGGACGACAUGAGGUUUGUAGGUUUGACAGAAGAGGAAGUAAAGGACACGGUGAAAUGGAGGAAUAUGAUCCGCUGUAGCAACCCCUUAAGGGAGAAGCCGAAAGAAAAAGAAGAUAACUUAGAAUUUAAUGAAAUCACAUCAACUAAAAUGUGUCGGGAAUGUGAUAAAAGACAUCUGGAUUCUUCUAAAUGGACGCAUUGAACACAGAUGAUGAGAAAAAUUGUAUGAAAUGUUUAAAAGACUAAAACAGGGUUUUCUGUCGGUAUGCAGAGGCUGAAGACAUUCUUACUCCCAAACUCUAAUGUUUUUCCUCCCACAUGACAUUCAAAAGGUCAGGUAGGGGUGAGGACACGGAAAACAAUAAUAUAGUAUCUUAUGUGGCCAUGUGAUUCACAGACUUCUGCGUCACUCUGGGACACACAGGUCCACUUGCAAAUAAUUGCUAUGUGAAGUGAUGCCUCAUGCCUUGGAACUUGAUUACAUGAUUAAUUAUUAAUAUUAUUAGUUCACAUUACACUUAACAGGCAUCAACUUAGUAAUCCAUGGUCACUAUGUGUAGCAAACUCAAUUGUAACGUCGACAGUCGUGCGAGAACCUUGGAUUUUGCCUCCAGUGAAGACAUGGGAGCCACAGAGCCCACUGCCAUCUCACAGCCACUUCUCAGAAAAUGUUAUCCCUGCUGUGUGCAAUGAAGACAAAGGUUACAGGUGUCGAAGACAGUGCUAGAGGUUAUAACUA